AUGAUUGACAGGAGUGACCCAUCGGAAACACAGGACCCUCCGAGCCAAUCAAACAAAAACGGCAGGCCAGUGCUUCCUCAAACCCCCGACGACCUCCGCCACAACCUCAGUCCCGGCCCCGCCCAUGACGCCGAUAUCGGGCUCGAGGCUCCGGGGGAGACGGGACCUCGUGUCCAUCGCCAUGGUAACGGACAGCCCCAGGAGGAGGAGGAGGAGAGGCUCCGGGUGGUGCCCAUCCACCAACGGCCCGACCUGCUGCCCCGCUGCGCCGACCUGGUGAACGAGGAGUGGCGGCGGAGCCAGGCCGCGCGGCUCCACUCGCUGCAGAAGUCCUGCCAGGAGUUCCCCGUCAGCCUGGUGCUGCUGGCCGGGCCCCCGGGGGCCGAGCGGCUGCUGGGCCACGCCCGCCUCUCCCGGGUGGUGGGCCACGGGGCCAGCCUCUUCCUGGAGUCGGUGGUGGUGCCGGCGGCGGAGCGCGGCAAGGGCCGCGGCCGCGCGCUGAUGGAGCUGACGGAGCGCUACUGCCGCGGCCGCGGGUUCGGCCGGCUGUGCCUCACCACCCACGAUAAGCAGGGCUUCUACGGCCGCCUGGGCUACGCGCCGUCGGGCCCCGUGCAGAGCGCGGGGGCCCUGGCCUCCGUCGUUCCCCUGGAGACGCUGCACCAGCUGAUGAAGCCCUCGCCUUCGGCCGUCUCUCCGGGAACACCCCCGGCGCCUGUGGCGCCGCCAGCCGACGCCGUACCGCCCCCACCACCACCUCCGCCACAACCGCCUCUACCCUUGGAGCAGGGCGGUCACAUGACCACGAUGGACACUCCUUACCGGGAUGCCAGGGGAACGCCCAUAUUCUGGAUGCACAAAGACAUCUGA